GUGUGGAGCGGAGCAGACGUUUUUUGUUUCUACACGCUCUUUUUAGGCGGGAACGCAGGGAAGUUGUUGCAAAUACUGACGACAGUAUCUUUUCAGUGAAACAUUGUCUCUGCGACGCAGUUUAUGCAAGAUGGCGUCUAAAACAUGCGGAUUAUUUAUUCUUCUUGCUGUGGUUUCAUCAACAUUGGCGGCUUGCGAGGAAGAUGACAGGCUCACACAAGACCAGUUAUUUAACUUUGGGGUUUUGACGGGAGACAGGCUACUACCCAUUGAGAAUGAUGCAUACGUGGAGCUGAAUCUGAAAAGUCCGCUCACGUACUACGGGAAGAAAUACUCGUCAAUAUUUAUCAAUGACAAUGGAGUGCUGUCAUUUGUCAAUGCUGCCGGGUUGUUUAAAUGGCAGGAACUACCUCUUCCACCAAUGGCGGAUAAGAAGAACAUCUUGAUAGCACCAUUCAUGGCAAACAUUGAUCUAGAAGUCGCUGGCAAAGUAUACUACAGAGAGACGACCGACUCUGCCGAGCUGGAACGAGCCGUUGGAAAGAUCCGGCAAUAUUUUGUCAGGAACAGCGAGUUCCAGCCCAGUAGUUUGCUCAUUGUCACAUGGGAUCAAGUCGGAUUUUUCGGAUCAGCAGUGCCGUCAGUUGUGAACACCUUCCAAUGUGUAGUUGUGUCUGACACAGUCAACACAUUUGUUUUUUUCCUCUACCGGAAUAUUACUUGGAUCACUGACGUAGGGAGCGGUGGUAAUAAGGACACAGGCAUUGGAUUCAACCAACCUCAGGUCGGCUUUGAUGCAGGAGACUCAAGAAAUAAUGAGAUUUAUGAUCUGGGAGACUUAGUCGACGGGGCGCUAGAUCUUCCAUGUGCCUCAAACGUGGAUCCAAAAGACCCACCAGGUUUCUUCAUUUAUAAAGUGUCUGGAUCUAAAGUGGAGAGCCCAAAAUGUGGUCCGAGCGAGCCACUGCAGCUUUACCCCGACUAUGCCGGUAUGUUCGGCGGUACCAAAGUCACCGUUGGCGGGUUUUGCUUCAGUGAAAACGAUGUCAUUGAGGCCAAAUUUGGAACUGCCGGUAAGAUCACUUGCACCUACGUGAGUCGUUACCAGGCGUCGUGUGUCGUGCCAAGAAUGAAUAGUGUCGGUGAUGUGGACAUGACGUUGUCUGAUGGAUCCAGAGAUAUGACCGGCACCAUGAGGAUCAUGCCCCUUACAUCGCAGCCCCCGACAGUGAGUCGUACGGACCCAUACGAGAGGAAAUGGCUCCAAUCAGGUAACCAGCUCCAGAUCACAUGGGAUAGAAAUAGUCUGGUCUCCGAUCUUGUAAACAUCAACAUAUUGAGCUACAAGGCGGGAGAAAGGAACGAAACCACGAACACGGCCUCCCCAGAAUGGGUGGAGACCGUAAUCGCAGUCAACGUUUCAAACAGUGGGAGAUACUCAUUUACCUCAACAGGGCUCCCAGAUAUUGACCAAACUAACGCAAUGGGAGUCUUCCGUAUCUCCGCCUCUUCUAAACCGGAUGGUGUGACCCUCACUGGUGACCUGCACUUCUUGGGUUACCUCAUCAAGACUACAAGGUACCAGGACAACCCAGAAGAUUGGUCGCAAGAGUACUGUAAAGAUUGGUUUGAUGAGGAUCAGUAUGAGCCGGCAUUUGCACAGGACGUCAACGCUUGCCCGUGCACCCUACAGCAGGCGCUAGCGGAUCAGGCUCGCUUUGUCGCCAACCCGUGGUGCGAUUCCACAUUGCAGAGUCCUGAGGGCAUCAAGGCACUUGAUUUCUGCUUCGCGAGACCUGGGAUCAAACAUUGCGCUCUGGAUAUCCUUCAGAGUCCAACCCGCUCUGCCAGUGAAUGCUGCUAUGACGGAGACGACAACCUGGUCUAUGCCCAAGACUCCAUCUAUGGCAGUUUCUCCAAUCGUGUUAGUCGUUUCAGCGGGACCAGUCCGCCACUCGACAGUGUGACUAGCGAUCUGGUGCCGUAUAUGUUCUGUAUUGUGGUAGGCAGUGACCCAGACCACUACUACCAGCGAGCGAGGCCAACACGCGACUGUAAAGAUUACAAGCCAGUUCGACCUGCGAUUGUUUACGGUGACCCGCACUUUGUGACCUUUGACAACAUGAGUUACACCUUCAAUGGUUACGGCGAGUAUGUCCUUCUCAAGACGAAAGACGCCACCACUAAGACGGAGUUCCGCAUGGAGGGAAGAUUUGAAAGAGUUAUGAAUUCUGGAGGAGAUGCCGUGAAUGCUACAGUUUUGACAACUCUUGCGAUACGUGAGAGCAAUGACGACGACAAUCGCAUCCAGAUUGAGGCAAAUGACAUAACAAUGAUGAAUCUAAGAGUGGGACAGACCGCUAAACUGCAGGACAUCGGAAACAGUAGAUGGCAACAGUAUGGAAAUUUCUUGGUGAUUUUCCCUGGUAACACCGGCACAGGAGUAAUAUCCAAGAUGGUAUUCCUAUUCAAGCAGUCACAGAUCGGGAUUGUCGUUGAGGCAGGGGACCAGUUGGUGUGUAGCAUGGUGUUGCUCCCAGAAGACUUUAAGGGACUUAAUGAGAUUGAGGGAUUACUAGGGAGCUGGGACGGAGACAUGUCUAAUGACCUCAAGGAUCCCAAGGGAAACACUCUCCCUAAAACAGCCUCCUCGCAAACCAUCUUCUCGGACUUUGGACAAAAAUGGGAGGCCUUUCCACCGACGAUAUUCACCUACAUUGGAGAUAAGUUCACCCAUGGAGAGUACCAGUUCAAUGACUUCACCCCUAUCUUCAACCCACCUGAUGAUGUGCCUUCCAGGGAACUCAAAUCAGUCUGUGGUGAAGAUGAAGCAUGCAUAUUUGACUACCAGAUGACAGGUCUAGCAUCAAUUGCAGCACACACUCGUAUGGGAUCGGAAAUGGUGCAGAAAACAAUGGCCGCUUCUAACAAAGUAUUGAUGUGUCCGUAUAUACCAACACCUGCCCGUGGGUCCAAGACCUUUGUUGAAGCCACCAAUCAUGCUCCAGGCUCUGUGAUUGAAUUCAAAUGUGACGAUGGAUACAUCUUCCUUGGUGAAUCUCAUCGUGAAUGUAAGGAGAACCAGCAGUGGUCUGACGCUUCGGAACCUUCCUGCUUCGAGGUGAAGUGUGGCACACUGGAUCCACCGUCAUAUGGAAACAUGAAGGUAGAGGUCACGGGAGAAGUGAUUACAGCCACUUUCACGUGCGACAACGGUGCCGAGAUGACCGGCAGUGCUACCAGAGUAUGCGGAGCUGAUGAGAAGUGGACUGGAGAGGAGACUAAGUGCACACCGCCCGCGGGUAGUAACACAGCUGUCAUUGUUGUUGUUGUCAUCAUAGUCAUUGUUGUCAUUGUAGCUGCAGUCGUUCUUGGUGUAUAUUUUUACAAAAAGAAGCAACUGACAGCCUCUCAGACGGUGACCAGGCCGCCAGAUAGCGCCUACCAACCCGUUGAAACAACUGCAGCUGGCGAGGGCGGAGACAUAGAAAUGGGUGCCAAGAACUCCAAGUCUGCGGAAGAUGACGGUGGAUUUAGCGACAAACCUGAUGAUAGAGAUCUAAAAUAGUAGAUGACGCAAUAUGUCACUAAUUUGUACAAGACCGCCCUCUGUUGAAAGUGUGAGAGGCGCAUUACAAGAAUCUCCCACUAAAGGGUUUUGAUACUUUUUGUAGAUCAAGUUGUUGGCUAUAUCCUACUCACUGUGAAUGAAGACACUAGGGUGUGCUUUAAAUGGGUGAUUCACGUAAUGGAAACGUUGUACUAUGUCAGUCAGCGGUUAAUCAUACAUAGGUUAGGUUGUUAGCAAAACUAAGUAAUUUUCACCGGUUUCGUUUGGUUUGUAAUUUUGUAUGGUUUGUGAUUUUCAAAUAACAACGAUGUACAUAAAAACAAUGAUAGUUGCUUGCAUAUAAUUACAUAACAAUAAAUUUGUAUUCAAGGGAAAAAGAAUAUUCUGCCAAGUAAUAGUAAAAACAUUACCUUAAGAAAUGUUUUAAUGUAAAUAAAGUAAUAUCACUGUUCCCCAUAAUAAAUCUACUUUAGAAAGUUCUGAUUGUGUACACACAUUCUUAUGGCCUGGCGGUUUGUGCUUGAAAAAUGUUAAGCAGUUUAAGGCCGCAAGCAUGUCACUACUUAAAAGCUCAAUUAAAGAUUUUCCAAGUUUCACCACUUAAACUCCAAAACUAUACAUCCGUUUCACCAGUGGAUGUGUUUACAUUGAAUUAUUUCGGUCAUAAUGGAUGAGCAGUUACUGCGUGAUUCAAUUAAGUCCACUGUUUGGAAGGAGUUACAUGAAGAUAACAGGUGUUAGUUGUCAGAUGAAAAAGAUGUUUUUGUUCUAGCCCCUUUCUUUAAUGUAGCUUUCCAGUAAUGUGCUAUUUAGCUCUGUGCAACUAGCCUGAAUCAUUUCAGAGAACAGUGGAUGUCACCUAGAGUUCUCACAAAGGUCUCCCUUUAAUACCGAGAACUUUUUAAAACUUUGAAAUUAACGCAAUGUACUUUAAAAUGGAAAGAAGGUGGGGUAUCUUUGCUCGCCCCAUCAAGGACCUCAGUUCGAAUCACGCCUGGGCACUAGGUGGGUUCAGGUUCGAGUCCCAUGCUGACUGUGUUUUAGCUAUAUAAUAAUUAUGUGGGGUUUUCCUCCCACAUCUAAAUUCUGAAACCACUAUCCUCAUCUUCUCUCACUUGGGUCAUUUGUUGGUGCAGGGAUUAAUUUUGCUUUUCUGAGAGUCCUUGGCUUGUGAAACCAAGAAUACUUUAAAUAACAAAUGAACUGAACUAAAAAUAUACCUUUUGGGAAAGUACUGUACUUGCUGGGUCUGUGGAUGUGUUUUAGAGCAAUUUUGUUGUCAGUAAAUUUGUGGGCUAUAGUUGGUGUUUGUGUUUGACCAUAGCAUUAGACCUUGGCACUUUCUCAAAACUAUUCCAAGAUAAGUUGUUGAAAAGUUAUCCAUAAUGGGUAAGUCAUUGAGGAUAAGUUGUGUAAUGAAUGUUCCAUUACAGUUAGAUAUUGGCCCAGUACAAAACGUAUUAUCUGUACUGUGUUGACAGACUCCUCAAUGAUCAGUCUGUGGUUUAGCCAAAAUGAUAAGGGCUCAAUUUCAAAGAGCUGCUAAGCACACAAAUUUGCUAAGCAUGAAAUUUCUUCUUUGAUAAAAACAGGAUU